CCAACAGCUGUAGCAACACCAAUUGUUGCUGAUUUUUCUUUUUCUUUUCGUCUGUCGGCUUGUUUCCUGGAAUUGUACAAUUUUAAGGAUUUUUCACCAUGGCGCACAUGUCCCACAUGCUCCAGCAGCCGUCGGCAUCGACGCCAUCGAAUGUGGGCUCCAGCUCCUCGCGCACAAUGUCCCUGAUGGAGAAACAGAAGUACAUCGAGGACUAUGACUUUCCCUACUGCGAUGAGAGCAACAAAUACGAGAAGGUGGCCAAAAUUGGGCAGGGUACCUUUGGAGAGGUUUUCAAGGCUCGCGAGAAGAAGGGCAACAAGAAGUUCGUGGCCAUGAAGAAGGUGCUGAUGGACAACGAAAAAGAGGGCUUUCCCAUCACGGCCCUGCGAGAAAUCCGCAUCCUACAGCUGUUGAAGCACGAGAACGUGGUGAAUCUGAUCGAGAUCUGCCGCACCAAGGCCACAGCCACAAAUGGCUAUAGAUCAACCUUCUAUUUGGUCUUUGAUUUCUGCGAGCACGACUUGGCCGGUCUUCUAUCCAACAUGAAUGUUAAGUUCAGUCUGGGAGAGAUCAAAAAGGUUAUGCAGCAGCUGCUCAAUGGUUUGUAUUACAUACACAGCAACAAGAUCCUGCAUCGUGACAUGAAGGCCGCCAAUGUGCUGAUUACUAAGCAUGGAAUCCUGAAACUCGCCGAUUUCGGUCUGGCCCGCGCCUUUAGCAUUCCAAAGAACGAGAGCAAGAAUCGUUAUACCAAUCGUGUGGUCACUUUGUGGUACCGUCCGCCAGAGCUACUGCUAGGCGAUCGCAACUAUGGACCGCCCGUGGACAUGUGGGGCGCUGGUUGCAUCAUGGCCGAGAUGUGGACCCGAUCGCCCAUUAUGCAGGGCAACACGGAGCAGCAGCAGUUGACCUUCAUCUCCCAGCUGUGUGGCUCGUUUACGCCGGAUGUGUGGCCCGGUGUGGAGGAGCUAGAGCUAUACAAAUCUAUUGAGCUGCCAAAGAACCAGAAACGUCGCGUUAAGGAGCGACUGCGUCCCUAUGUAAAGGAUCAAACCGGUUGUGAUCUGCUGGACAAGCUUCUGACCCUUGAUCCCAAGAAACGCAUCGAUGCGGAUACGGCACUCAAUCACGACUUCUUCUGGACGGAUCCCAUGCCCAGCGAUCUCAGCAAAAUGCUGUCGCAGCAUUUGCAGAGCAUGUUCGAGUAUUUGGCACAGCCACGCCGCAGCAACCAGAUGCGCAACUAUCACCAGCAACUGACCACCAUGAACCAGAAGCCCCAGGACAACAGCAUGAUUGACCGAGUCUGGUAGACUGUUAGAGGUGUACGCACCCAUAUAUAACCUAUAAGUUUCUCACUUUCAUCUAGCGUAGGAAUUAUAUAUAAGACUAUAAAGUGUUUUAUAAAAAACGUUUGGAUGUGCGUUAGCGCUUGCCAUAAAAACCCUUCAACAAUUA